AUGGCGCCUCCACCGUCCCGCCGCAGGAGCUCGGUGGCCACCUCGGCCUACCGGUUCAGGAAGAUGAGCAUCAUGCAUGAGCAGGGCAAUACUUUUGGUCCGUCGUUGACGACUCUCUACUGCGGUAUCUCCGCCGUCUUUGCCGAUGACCAAACCGCCGUCGUGGCCAUUGCCAUUCAUGACACUGUCUACCUGAUCGACUACUCCGUCAAACAUGUCGUCCUCGGCGAUGCCCUUCACAUGGGUCAAGAUGCCAUUGCCGACUACGUACUUUCCACGCUCGAGGUGUACGAGCACGAUAACUUCUCCAAGUUCAUCGGCGCCGGCUUGCCCAUCACGCUCAAGUAUAUGAGCCCUACGCUGUGCUCUCGUCUCUGGCUUGACAUGGACAUUGUCCCGGUUGUUACCCGUCCAGAUGAGGACGGCAAAAGGGAGAACUUUUGGGAUAUCAAACGAGUGGACGAACAGGCGGAUUCCAUGGCUCGCAAGUGUAUUAUGAACUUUGGCCCUUCACUCGUCCCCCACCUGCAGGUCGGUUUUCGAGGCGUUGUGCAGACCGAUGCCGGCUUCCGGGUUCACCUCGUGACCCCCCAGAACCACAAAGACGCCUGCGGCAGGCCGACGUGGGAUUCCAUGGCUCAUUAUGCAACCAAGCUGCGACGGAACAAGAUAAGGGUCGCCUUCUUCAGCAGUACCCCUCAGGGUGGUGGCGUCGCCCUCAUGCGACAUGCUCUCGUACGAUUCGCACGGCUCAUGGGCGUUGACCUAACCUGGUACGUCCCCAAACCGAGGCCUGGCGUCUUCCGCAUCACCAAAACUAUGCACAACAUCCUCCAAGGUGUCAGCCAUCCCGAGCAGCGCAUCUCGGCCGAAGAGAAACAAUCGAUCCAUGACUGGAUCACGGACAAUGCCUAUCGCUAUUGGUUGUCUGAGGGUGGUCCCCUUCGCCCUGUCGAAGAGGGUGGAGCCCAUGUCGUCAUUAUUGACGAUCCUCAGAUGCCUGGUCUCAUCCCCCUCAUCAAGAAGCUCACGCCAAACCGACCAGUCCUCUACCGGUCGCAUAUCCAAAUCCGUAGUGACCUGACGGCCAUGGCCGGGUCGCCGCAGGCCGAUGUCUGGGACUUUCUCUGGAAUAACAUCCAGAAAGCCGACAUGUUCAUUAGUCAUCCAAUUCCCCUAUUCGUUCCCCACAAUGUGCCCCACGAGAAGGUGGCCUACAUGCCGGCCACGACAGAUUGGCUAGACGGCCUCAACAAGCCGCUCAGUACAUGGGACAUGGGGUAUUACGGCCACAUCUACAACACGGCUUGCCUCCACCAGCGAAUGGCGGAGCUGCAGUGGCCGACGCGGAAGUACAUCGUCCAGGUUGCCAGGUUUGACCCUUCCAAGGGAAUCCCGACCGUCAUCGAUGCCUAUGGCGAGUUCCGGCGGCUCCUGGAAGAGGCCGGGGUCGAAGACUCCCCGCAGCUCGUGGUGUGCGGCAAUGGUUCCGUGGAUGACCCCGAUGCCAGCAUGAUUUUUGACGAGACCAUGACCCAGCUAGAGACGUUUUAUCCACAUCUCGUUGAUGACUGCAGCGUGAUGCGUCUUGACCCCAACGACCAGCUCCUCAACACCCUGAUCCGCAGUUCCCACGUAACUCUGCAGCUCUCCACGCGCGAGGGUUUCGAGGUCAAGGUGUCAGAAGCUCUCCAUGCGGGUCGGCCGGUCAUUGCGUCCAGGGCCGGCGGCAUUCCCCUGCAGAUCAAGGAUCAGGUGAACGGAUUCCUUGUCGAGCCCGGUGACUGGAAGGCGGUGGCCCAACACCUCAUGGACCUCUUCACCGACGACGAGCUGCACGCCAGGAUGAGCCACGCUGCUGCCACGGGCGUGAGCGACGAGGUAGGCACCGCGGGCAACGCUCUAUGCUGGUUCUAUCUGGCAUCCAAGUGGGCCGAGGUCGGCGUGAAACCGGGUCUGCCGGGCAAUGAGAGAUGGGUCAAUGACAUGGCUCGAGAAGAGGCGGGCAAGCCGUACAAUGAGAGUGAAAACCGGCUGCCGCGACAUUUCACGCAGAGGAAGGAGAGGCCGGUUGUCGUCGUAAAGGUGGAGCGCGGUGAGGAUGGAGAAAAGGCAGAAAAUGGGGAAAAUGGGGAAUAG